GAGUGAGGAGCGGUGCAUGUGGCGGAAGUCAGCGCUCUCACAUGAAAGAAGAAGCUAGCGGACGGGAUUAAACUGUAACGUUUAUGUACAUAUUCUCUCACCAAACGUUCAAACGGGAUGAAGUCCAGCCGCGAUCGCCACUGUUGUACAUGUUUCUUGGCACGAUACAUUGCGGAGGAGAGCGAUGUCACUGCCAGCAGCUAAAUUCCCGGACAAUAUAAACCUCCAGGCAGCGAUAAAGGUGUGACAACAACAGGCGGUGUACAGCAGCUCCACUGCAGGCCAGUGUGCGUGGUCAUCCGUGUGUGUGUGUGUGUGUGUGUGUGUGUGUGUGUGUGUUUAUGGUUGUGUAUGUUUAUGAGUGACUGGCACAACAGCUGGGGGUUGUAACGUGAUGCCAAGAUGCUGCUGUCCCUGGGAAUGCUGAUGCUGUCGGCCACGCAGAUUUACACCAUUUUCACUGUUCAGCUCUUCGCCUUCCUCAAUCUGCUGCCUGUGGAGGCCGAUAUUGCCGCGUACUCAUUUGACAACAAAACAGAGACAUUUGAGGACCUGCCUGCACGGUUUGGUUAUCGGCUACCCAGCGAUGGACUGAAGGGCUUCCUCAUUGGGGCAAGGCCAGAAAAUGCGUGUGAACCUAUUGAGCCCCCUCCGAGGGACAAUUUGACAGGCGCCUUCAUUGUCCUCAUCAAGCGCUUUGACUGCAACUUUGACAUCAAGGUCCUCAAUGCCCAGAAAGCCGGGUACAAAGCAGCCAUUGUUCACAAUGUGGACUCCGAUGACUUAAUCAGCAUGGGAUCCAAUGAUCUGGAUGUCAUGAAGCAGAUAGAUAUCCCUUCUGUGUUUGUGAGCGAGGAAACCGCCAACUCUCUGAAAGAAGACUUUGUUUUUGACAAGGGGGGCCAUGUGGUCCUCAUGCCAGACUUCAGCCUGCCGCUGGAAUACUACCUGAUCCCUUUCCUCAUCAUCGUGGGAAUCUGCCUCAUCCUCAUUGUUGUUUUCAUGAUCACCAAGUUUGUCCAGGAUCGACACCGGGCUCGUAGGAGCCGCCUGCGCAAAGAUCAGCUGAAGAAACUUCCCAUCCACAAGUACAAGAAAGGGGACAACUAUGAUGUGUGCGCCAUCUGCCUGGACGAAUAUGAAGAAGGUGACAAACUCCGAGUCCUGCCGUGUUCUCAUGCCUACCACAGUAAGUGUGUGGACCCCUGGCUGACCAAAACUAAGAAAACAUGUCCCGUGUGUAAGCAGAAAGUAGUGCCUUCGCACGGGGACUCCGACUCGGACUCAGAGGAGGGGGAGAGUGGCCCCGAAGAGAACGAGGAGGCAUCAGAGAGCACCCCUCUGCUGCGCUCCCUGGCCUCCACCAGCGCCCACUCCUUCGGCACCAUGUCGGGAGCGUCACGCUCGGAGCAAGACCAGGAAUCCUCUGACUACGAGGACGACGAGCUGGACAGCAGCGACAGCGAGGAAGAGGUCACCGUGGAGACUGUGGUGGUGCAGAUGCAGCAGCCCUGCUCUGAGGGCCACGAGCACGACCUGCCACGAGCUUGACUUGAUUGUUGAUAAAGUCCCCGACCUCACAGACUUUUGUUGGGGGGUCACGAAACAGUUUCAUCUUUACAGUUUUUCUGUCACUGCUUACAAGACAUUGUAAUGUAUCCUCUCUGCAAAGUUUAAGUUUCAUUUUGAUUUACGGAUAAAGUGCUGGUUUUCGACUGUGUGACACAAAGUCAGUAGCAUUUCUGAGGGCCGCUCAGCAGAUUUGUUAAAAGUAGUGACACUGAUGUACAGUAGACUUUUAUACUGUACGCUACUUGAUCAUGAAAGAAAAGAUGACACACAGAUGAGUGGAAAAGUGACACAAGAUCACACUUGUUCAGUAAAAGUACUGUGUAUAUAAAAAGUAUAAAUCACAAUAAGUUACUUCUUUGAUUAUCUCCUAUACUACAUGCUCAAGACGAUGAGGAAGUUUCAUUACUGUACAUACAUGUUCACACUGACACUCCUAUGCAGCAUCCUUUUUGUAAAAAUUUACCUAACAUUCAGCAAGUAUAGAAACAUUUAAAGCCACAGCAAUAUGGUUUUGCCAAUUUAUUUUCUAGCCUGAUGUAUGCAGGAGCCUAGGCGCUCCUGUCUGUGUUUUGUGCCACGGUUUAUCUGUUACAGUUCACACUAAGAGAAGCCAAACCAGAAUGAGAAACACAUCUAAAGCAAAGGAUGUAAUCUCCAUGUGACGUCACAUUAAGGAACGGAGAGACACUUGAGUGGAAAUAAUGUCCACACUGCCUGUGGUAAACUUCUUCUGGCUGCUCCGGACCUAUCACUCCAUUUAACACACACGGUUGUUGGUUGAUAGGCCUUGUAGUACACAUUUAACUGACCUUAUCUCAUUUUAAUACAGUUUAUAGUAAAUAAUCUUUUUUUUUCUUUUUGUAACAUGGCUUGAUUUUGUUUUAUGUUCAUGAAACCUGUUGCCUUUUUCAGUUGAUGUAUUUUGUCUUGUUAGUGUUUUCCUGCUCAUGUAUGUCUCUUCUCAAUACAAAUUCACUUCAAUAAAAUGAAAAUGACACCUGA